CUGUCAUGGAGGAGUUGGUAGAGGAUGACAUCUGUAUUUUGAACCAUGAAAAAGCAGACAACGCUCAUAAGAGAGAUGGGGAGAUUCCUGUUCCAUCUUACAGUGGAGAUGAGUCUGUUGCCUCACACUUCGCACUUGUCACUGCAUAUGAAGAUAUCAAGAAACGACUAAAGGAGACAGAGAAGGAGAACUCCUCCUUAAAAAAGAGAGUGAGAAUUCUGGAAGAGAAGCUGCUUGGCUCCCGACUGGAAGAGGAAUGCAGUUCAGUUGGACGUGAACAAGUAAAUAAGGCAUACCAAGCUUAUCGAGAGGCCUGCAUUGACCGAGAUAAUCUGAAAAGCAAACUGGAUAAAAUGAUGAAAGAAAGUGCGGAAUCCUUGAAAACCUUGAAUGAACAGUUGCAGUCUAAAGAAGUAGAGCUGUUACAACUAAGAACUGAAGUGGAAACUCAACAAGUGAUGAAAAAUCUGCAUUGUACUCAGUCCAGCUGGGAAAUAGAGAAGCUGAGCAGUGACCUGAAAGUGCAUAGUCUGGAACAGGAUCUAGAAAAGCUCAAGGAAGAGUGCAACAGUCUCAGACAGGAGUUGCAAAAAUCCAAGCAGAAGGACCAGGCUCAAGACGAAAAUCCAUUAAAUGCAGACGUCCUGCAAAGGCAAGACAUCCAGAGCGUGCAACAAGCAUAUUGGGAACUGAAGAGAGAAAUGUCUAAUUUGCGUCUAGUGACUGACGUGCAAGCUGAGGUUCUACGAAAACUGAAAACAAACCCAACAGCGACCAAGAAAGUUGCCUCUGCUGCACCAGUACAAUGUGUUGACGUGAACAUUUCAAAGCUGAAUUUGACGUCUGGGGUAGUCUAUAAAAACCUCUUGCAAAACGAUAAAGUGCUCUGCAAUGCAGUGUCUGCUCCUCUGCCGAGAGAUGUAAAAAUCCCAUCUGAAAGGGUGACUCUGCAAGCAUGGACAGAUGAGAGACCCAUUCCAGUUGAUGACAAAAUGUUUCAGGACCACCAUUCUUACGGAAAGAGCUCUCUGGAAGAUAAUUCCUGGGUAUUCCCAAGUCCUCCAAAGCCUAAUGAGAAUGUGUUUUGGGAAAUGAAGAAUAAAACCACCUUGUUAAACUGUCCAGCAGAUUACCUGGAUCAGUGUAAUCAAAACUGUCUGCACAAGAGUUAAAAUUUAAUUUUUAGAAUGAACUGAGGCUUUUUUAGUAUGGUUCUGAAUAGGCACCUUAACGCUUCAACUUCUAAAGAGGGAAAACAAAUUGCCUGAUAUGUUCUUUAUUUUUAAUUCUAGUUCUGAAACAGAAAGCCUAGUCUUCCUCUGCUGUAAAUCAGGAGCAAGUUCCUUGAAGUUAAAGCUGUGCUGGUGUAAUGUAAAUAUAAAGAAAUCUAGCAUGGGGCCUAGAUAGCCGUGUACUGCAAAUGGCAUACAUUUGCGAAAGAUCACACUGAAAAGUCAGUUGUUGGAAUAAAACGAAGGAACCCAGUUCUGUAUUUGCUUGCUAUUUUUAUGUUAUCAAGAAAAUAUUUGGUAUCCUGUGUUUAAAACUUGUACCAGCUCUGAGCUUGACAGUGGGGUUUUUUUUCAGAGUAAGACAUAAAAUGAAGAACUGGAUUCUCCUUCCCUUCCUCCUUUCAAUUAGCCUUCUGAUUCCUCUGGUUUAGAAAUGCAUUUUUAUGUAGUUUUUAAACAAGAAAGGUGAGAAGGGGUGGUUUUUUUGUUUGUUUUUUUUUUGUUGAAAUCUUGAUUUCUAUUAGAUAAUGGCAAGGGAAUAAUCACGCAUAGGCUUCCUGUUUAGAUUGCACCAAUUUGGGCCUUAUUGUGAAUUAUAAAGGAACACAAGUGCUGCUGCCGAGCGCUGAGAAUCGCGGACAUUCAGCUCAUUUCCCUCAGUUCAUGCUGCAAGAAACCGACUCAAGGCUGCACACAGCGGUGCCUGCCCCGGACUCGCCCUCUUCGCAGCGCAGUUACCGAGCCGCCUCUGCACGGCACCAGGGCCUCGACUCGACUAUUUGUGUGGUGGUGAAGGCUACUAACUUUUCUUUUAUUAAAGAGACAAAGCCUUAAUUUAAUCGGAUGAGGUGUUGUAGCAUUGUUGAGAUACACAAGGAGUAUUUUUGUGGUAUCUUUUAGUAUGCCACUAAGACUAGAGUUAAGUGAAUUGCAACUGUCUGCUUUAUAGAUUAUGGAUGUCUUAAGUGCUAUUUUUUUUCUCCUGAGGCCAAGAACAAUUUAUGCUUUUUUUUUUUU